ACCACGGAUGUAACGUAUCCGCGUUACUUGCUGCAGGACUUGGUUCUGGCUGCAUUUUUUCUCACACUGAGCUGAGGAGGGAGCUCAUCGGGCUGCCGGAGAUCCAGCAGAAGAAGAGGAAGAACGGAAAUGACGCCACUCGUACGGCUCCACAAUGUCUGCAGUUGAGUACCUGAGAGAGUUCAUCAGGAAUAGAUUUACUGUUGUUGCUGAAGAAAUCUUCUCAGAGGUUAAAAAAACCAUCGUCCAGUAUGAGGAGGAGCUCAACCAUCAGCUGAGACUGCUGGAAAUCAGCCGGAGACCCGAGAUAAAGUCACACAUAAUCGACCUCCCACACCAAGAUGAAUGUAAGGAAGAGGAGGGUCUGGAUGACCAGCAGGUCUGUAACCAGGAGAGAAACUCCAGUCUGGACCAGGAGGACUCAGAGCCUCCACAGACUAAAGAGGAACCAGAGGAACUCUGCACCAGUCAGGAGGAAGAGCAACUUGAACUGAAACAGGAAGCCGAAGGCAUCAUCGUCUGGACUGAGGAAGAGCAGUGCAGACUAAGUGAUGUCACCUGGAAACCUGAAAUACACUUACACAGAAUAGACCUCCCAGAUCAACAUAUCCCUAAGGAAGACAUUCUCGGAGAUCAGCAGUUCUGUAAUCAGGAGACGAACUCCAGUGUGGACCAGGAGGACCCAGAGCUGCCACAGAUUAAAGAGGAGAAGGAGCAACUCUGCACCAAUCAGGAGGGAGAGCAGCUUGUAGUGAAACAAGAGGCAGAAACCUUUAUGUUGACUCCUACAUAUGAGGAAAGUGACCACAGUGAACCAGAAGUAAACAGCGACCAGCUCAUUUCUUGCAACUCUCCUGUGUCAGAAAAUCAGUGUAAAACUGACACAAGUAAAAAAUCUGUAAAAUGUGACACUUGUGGGAAAACGUCUGUAAAAUGUGACACUUGUGGAAAAACUUUUCAUGAUAAGUCCAGACUAACUAAACAUUUACUAAGUCACACAGGUGAGAGGCCACAUUCUUGUAGCACCUGUGGGAAAAGAUUCAGUCAGAUUAUAAACUUGAAAACUCACAUGAGGAUUCAUACAGGUGAAAAGCCAUAUUCUUGUAGUACAUGUGGUAACGCAUUCAGUCAGAAAUCAACUUUGGCACAUCAUAUAAGAAUCCACACAGGUGAGAAGCCACAUUCGUGCAGCACCUGUGGGAAAAGAUUUACCUGGAAGUCAGAAUUGAAACGUCAUAUAAGAAUCCACACGGGCGAGAAACCGUAUUCGUGUAGCACCUGUGGGAAAACAUUCAGUCGGAAAUCGACAUUGAAAACUCACUCAAGAGUUCACACGGGUGAGAAGCCGUAUUCUUGUAACACCUGUGGGAAAGAGUUUACGGUGUCAUCAACGUUGAAAACUCAUAUAAGAAUUCACACAGGUGAGAAGAUACAUUCUUGUAGCAUAUGUGGGAAAAGAUUCAUUCAGAUUAUCCAUUUGAAGAGACACAUGAAAAUUCAUACAGUUUAAAGGGUUUUAUUUAUGAAUUGUUGGAGAGCUGACAAAUGCAGCAGUUUGUUGAUGCCCAGUUAAGAAUCAAAGCACUUUAGCGCCUCUGAGUAAAAAAUGUACGAAGGAGUAUUAGGGCCACAUUGAGAAAAAAAUUUUAAUUGUGCAUUUUGAGAAUAAAGUCAAAAUUUUGAGAAUAAAAUCAAAAAUUCGAGAAAAAAGUAAAAAUUUCAAGAAUAAAGUCGAAAAUCUAUUUCGAGAAUAAAGUCAAAAUUUUGAGAAAAAAGUCAAAAUUUCGAGAAAAAAGUUGAAAUGUGCAGAUUUAAGUCGUUUCAAGUCAAACACCUGCCGUGCCACGUCUACUAUAACCUCCAGAAUGUCUUGUAUUAUGAGUUAGCGAAACUAUACUUAAGAAUCGGAACUUAUUUCUCUUUUAGUACACAAACACAAUGGAGUGAUAACUAUGAGGAUGGUAAUGAGAUGUGCAGAAAGCUGCAUCAGCUCAGAAGGAAAACCACACAAACUGGCAAUGGUUAGAUGCAAGGAUUUCGAUGAAUGCACCUUCGUGCAGUACAGAGGGGAUUUUCAGAAUCACAAGUCACAAUAAGGGGCUCGCCUCACGGGGAGCGACGUCGCUCGCUCUCCAUUCAUUUCCUAUGGAACUUGUGUAAGGAUGCCACAAUCGCUUCGCAGAAGUUCCAUGAAUGGAGAGGGAGCGACGUUGCUCCCGGUGUGUAGAGCCCCUAAGACAGCUGAUCAAGUUGUUUCAUCUACCCAAGGCAUUUUGUAGAGGGUAUAGCAGCCACGGCCGUUAUUUGACUUGAAAU